UCCUCUAAUGUACACUAACAUGUAGGUAAUGGUCUCGGUGCGGGUUUAGGCUCGGACUGGAAACCAGGCUGGCUCACAGGCGCAGUUUGUGGAACUAGAAGGACGCACAAACCUGAACUGGGAGCUGCUGGGCAGAAACUAGUGGUUAGACUGGGCGUCACCGUCAGUCACUGUGAGUCUGUUGUGUGCACAGUGCAGGAGGACACCGGUCGACGGUCACUGCUGUUUGUUUUAGAGCUACAGACCACAGCUUUCCAAAUGAGUUCCAGGACAUCAGAUUGUUUGGAGGAAGAGGAUGGAGAAGAAGAGGAAGAAGAAGAAAACUACAACCCGACAGAGGUGAAAAUGAGUCAGAUCGUGAUGCCCUGUCACAGCAACCAUCGGCAGGAGCUCAGCGUGGGUCAGCUGCUCAAAUGGAUGGACUCCGCCGCCUGCCUCUCAGCUGAGAGGCACGCUGGCAGUCCCUGCGUCACCGCUUCGAUGGAUGACAUCCACUUUGAGCACACCAUCAGUGUGGGUCAGGUGGUGAAUAUCAGGGCAAAGGUCAACAGAGCCUUUAACACCAGCAUGGAGGUGGGCAUACAGGUAAACUGUGAGGACCUGUUCUCUGAUCGUCACUGGAGGGUUUGUCAUGCCUACGCCACCUUUGUUACCCAGCGCACAAGCACAGGACAAAAGGUGACCUUGAAGCCCAUUGUUCCUGUCACGCAGAAGGAGCAGGUUGAAUACAGCGUGGCCGCUGAAAGGCGGAGGGUCCGAAUGGUGCACGAUGACAUCAUCAAGGAUUUGCUUUCCAAUGAGUGGGUGCAGCAGGUUGACAGCUCAGUGGGACCCAGUGCAGUGGCAGCAGAGAGGACUCGGGUGGAGAGUGUGGAGCUGGUUCUGCCUCCACAUGCAAACCAUCAGGUGAAUACAUUUGGAGGGCAGAUCAUGGCCUGGAUGGUGAACGUAGCUACAAUCGCUGCCAGCCGUCUGUCUCAGGCUCAUCCCACCCUUCGAGCCAUCGACAUGUUCACCUUCAGAGGACCUUCUCAGGUUGGAGACAGAUUGCUGCUGAAGGCGAUAGUGAACAACGCCUUCAGAAACAGCAUGGAGGUGGGCGUGCGCACGGAGGCCUACCAUGAGGAGGGGCCUAACCGACACAUAAACUCCGCCUUCAUGACCUUUGAGGUGCUCGAUGAUGGCGGGAAGCCACGCACAUUACCACGGAUACGACCUGAACCCCUGGAAGGACAAAGGAGGUUUCAGGAGGCAACGGCCAGGAAAAAGAUCAGGCUGGACAGGAAGUACAUCAUUUCCCGCACGCAGGGGGAGGUGCCUCUGUCUGUUCCCUGGGAUCCCACCAACCAGGUGUAUCUGAGCUUUAACAACGUCUCAGCUCUGAAGAUGCUGGCAGCCAGAAGCAGCUGGCGCCUGAGCUGUGAGAAGGACCAGGUUCAGCUUUACACCCUGGAGCAGAAGUCCAUGCUGAGUUUCAAGAUUGAAUGUGAGGUGGACGUUCCUGCUCACAGAGCCUUUGAUUUACUCGCCGAGCUGAGCAACAGGCCGAGCUGGGACUCGCAUUACAA